UUAAUACAAUGUAAAUAUAAAACAAGAAAAUAACCAUGAUUUAACUUAUACCAAUUUAUACAUAAUGUGUGAAAAUAAGGUGCAUUUUCAAUUAUGCAAGCAAAAAUAUUUUACAAUAUAAUAUAAGAAAUUGAGUUAUAUGGUAAACUUAAAAAGGUUUCUAUUGACGUUUUCCAGUUACGCCACUGGGUAUUGCAAUUACUUAAUUUGUGGUUUCACUUAUGCUAAUUAAUAAAAAUUAGGUCUUCAAUUAAAUGUUUGAUGGCAACAUAUAUAGAACAUGAAAACAAUUUUGAUAGCGGUAAAAGUACUAAAAUCCAAAUUUGGAAUAUUAUUAGUCAAGUGCUAGCAAAAAUGGAUUUUCAGGUUGAACCAGGAAAUUCUGAACUAAUGACUGCUAAAAGUUCAUCAUCUGAUGAACCAACGCCAAAAAGAAGGAAAAAAUCCUCCAAAAAAAAUAAUGCUGACCAAUUGGAAAAAAUAUCCAGUCAUAUGGCCGAGUUCAAUGAUAUUUUUAAAGAUUUGGUAAAGGCUGAAAAUGAAAAAAAUGCAUUAUUACAAAAGUUGUCAGAUAAGUGAAACGUAAUUUAAACUUUAUCUAAUUUAGUUUACUA